UGUCAGCGCCAUCUUGCAGCCGAACGACAAUCUGCAAUCGUGGUGGUAAAGCUGCAAGUGCUGAAAAAAAAUCGCCGUGAAUAGACGACGGCGGCGACGACGAGAAUCGCAGCCAGUUGAGACAGUAGGGAAGUAGGCGGUGCCGGAGGAGGCGGAUCCGGGUUAGCGGUUUACUUAUAAAGGGAAAAAAAAAGUAAAACGUCAAAGGAACAAUUCGUGGUGUAAACGAUGUACCGCGUUUGACAGUUGCGCAUUUUUCUCCAACAACAAAUAACUCGCGGAAAUGUUUGGAAAGAAGAUUUAUAACGAAGUGAUGUUGAAUCCUUGGCGAAGAUUUAAAGUGUGGUGCAUCGCGUCUUCCAUCCAGAAUUUUGGAUUACAUUGACGUGUCAUAAAAUGUCAAAAAGAGACAGUUGAACGUCAAAAAUAAUAACAAGCAGAGAAAGUCAAUCGAUCUCACGCGCGUACCUCCUUCGGAUUUUUUUUUUGUUAUUAUACCUAUUUCUAUAAUUUUUUUAACUCCCCAACUUUACUACGAAACUUGGAAACACCAUAGAAUAUCAAGAGGUUAUGUUUUAUCAACCUCCUUCCCAUGUUUGUUUACUUUACCUUACCACGUUUCACUACAAAGGAAACUUGGCUCCAAUUUGACUGAAUCGAAAUUAAGCGUUGUUAAACAAUCUCAAAUUUCAGAGUACCUGAAAUUUAUCGUUAUUCUUUGAGCUCCUUUUCGUUGAAAAAUUUCAAAUAGAAAUAGAAAAUACAAAAAAUAAAGUUAGGAGUAUUAUUGAAAAGAAGAAAAAGGCAUAGAUUAUGGAUAUAAUCGACAUAGAAAGCCUUGAGUCCAGUGCAAGACCUUCCAAAAAUGUACCAUCGAUGCGAUGUAAUUGCAUCAGUGCUAAUUCCAUUUGUUAUGUUACUGUGACUAUAGCGACUUUGGCUCUCCUUGGUGCCAUUGUUUUUGUUUGUCGCGAUUACAUCAAAAUUUUGCUCUACUGGAUCAACAAUCAAGACACCUGGAUCGUCACAGUCAUAGUUGUUGCACUUUUCACCGUUGUCUCGUUUCCCAUUGUCAUCGGCUACUUGUUUCUAAUCAUCGCCAGUGGCUAUUUAUUUGGUAUUCUGCAAGGAAUCACCAUGGUCAUUAUUGCCGCUAAUCUCGGAAUAGCAAUAGCUCAUACCACUCUCAGAGCUCUUUCCUCCAGAUUGCCUGUCGGCACGCUUCUCAGGAGUGAAACUGCCAAAGCUAUACUCAGAGUGAUAUCAGGCCCUCAAGCCUUUCGAGUUGUUCUUUUUGCCAGAUUGACACCAAUUCCAUUCGGCCUUCAGAACACCAUAUUUGCAGUGAGCAAUAUAGGAGGUUUGCGUUAUCACAUAGCCAGCGCAAUUGGACUUUUUCCUGCUCAAUUUAUCAACGUAUAUCUUGGUAGCAGUUUGCACUCGAUGCAAGAAGUACUCGAAGAUAAAUCAGCAGCAACAACGGGCUAUAUCGUCUUCUGUUUUCAGAUACUCGUGGGUGUAUCGCUGAUGGUAUACGUAGUACAGAAAGCACGAAGAGAACUUCAUCUCGCACUGUUGGAGGCCGACCUUGCCUCGAUGGCCGAUACUCCCCACUUUCUUCACGAGUCUAGCUUGCCGGACUCGAAGGUAUCGCUGACGAAUCUCAUUGCAUAAUAUGGCGCAGCGGAGAAAAAAAGGUCAUUAACGUUUUAUGUUCCUUUUAUUUUUUUCGCUCUUAUAAAAUCGCGAAAGUCAGGAAAUAGUUCAACGAAUAUAUGAAGACUGUUUAACCAGGUGAGAGAAGGGAGUUGAGAAAGAGUCAAAGACGAGAAAAAAUUCAGGGAAAAUAUAGAAAUUGAAAAGAAAAUGUUAAAUAAUAACAAAAUCGUAGAACAGAGAACAGCCAAUUCGAAUCCACGAAAUAAGGCGAUACGUCGCUAAUGUAGAAUUAUUUUCUACUCACUUUUUAUUCGCUCGAAAAUUACUGAGCCAGCCUCACGUAUUAUACUGAGAAAAUUACCCUCAUACACGAUACUUCAUUGGAUGUUCUUUUCGAAUAUACGUGAGCACGAGUCUCGAAGAUAUUUUUACCUUCAACGGUGCACACCGAUAAGAGAGUGCACUUCAAAUAAAUCGAAAUAAGAAGAAACAAAAACGUGCCAAACUUGGAAUCGCUCUACUGACGAUGAUUUACAUUCUGUUGAUUUUGCAUUUGAAAACUUGACUUGUUUUUCUAACUCGUUUACAAUGGUAUUUCAAUUUCUUCCUCGUUCUAUACAUUUUAAUUUUCGUCACGAUAUACCAGUUUUUUGUUUUUUUUUUACAUCGAGUUUCAUUUGAUGUAAUGCAAUUUUAUGUUCUCGGGAUAUGUUCGUUAGUGCAACUUGUUCGAUUUUCUAGAUCUCGAAGAGACGUGUAAAUAUUUGAAAAUGGAUCAUUUCACGUCACUGGGAAAAGGGGAGAAUUUCUAUUAUCGUUACGAAUUAACAGUUAUUGAUUAAUUUAUAAAGUUUCUACUCAAAUUGAGUCUUCCUUCGCUAGGGAAGGAUAAAACAAUCAAUAGACAAGAAGAACUUUAUUUUUUCAGAUUAUACAGGCUCGAUAUGAAAUAAUAUUGAAAAUAGAAAUUUUUUACACCCCAUUCCGAAGGUUUGAAAUGUCAGCAUAACCAAUAUUUGCCUUUACAAAGUCUGUGUUAUAAAAAUUCAAAAUUCUCGUUCCAUCGUUUUCUUUGUCUAUUAUUUCUGCCGGUUUAUUUUUAUUUUUGGUCCUCCUGACUGGCGAGUUUUUUUUUGCCCGCAAAUAUCUCUGAUGAAUAUAUAUUAGGAAGCAAAUUAAAAAGGAAUAAAAAUAAUGAACAGAAACUCUAUACACAUAUAUUUUAUAUUUACAACGAAAUGUACAUAGUCGAAAGGAAAAGUAUGAUCUUCAUGUACGUGUUCGUUCCUGUACACCGGAUCGAUGUUAAUUACAAAUAACUGUGAAUAUGAUAAAAAAAAAAAAAAACAUCUGACACUUCGGACAGUGUCAUACGUUUUAUAAAACUUAUUUAUAACUCACGCAAGGUUGUUACCAUAAAAACAAGCGUUAUUACGAUAACGGGAGUGUUGUUUAAAAUUUGUAAAACUGCAAUAAUGUACAAAAAUACAAAAUAUGAUGUAAAAACA